UCCAAACACAGAGAACACAAUCUGUUCCAAAACACGCUUCAGUAAAGGUUCCUCCAUGCAGCAGCGCUCACAGUCCAACACACACCUCUUUAUGUUUAUCUGCACCUUUUUACUGUGCACACACACUUAUACUGAGCGUAUGUAACGGGUUUAUUUAUUUUUCCACUGGCCCUUGUGUGUGGUGGUGGAAUUCUGCGCUGGUCCUUUAAGAGCGCGGAUGGUUAUGGGAUCGAGGCGCUGCCUCUCAGUUCGGGUUGGAAACGUAAGCGAUGCCUCUAGAGAGACAGAGCGUCUUUACAGCAGAAGAGAUGAAGCAUCUUCCACUACACACACUCGUCCUGCUCGCUGUGUUCCUCCACUCCGGCUCAUAUUCAGAUGGUGCUGGCCGGUGUGUACCGCUGUUUGUGCGUGUUGGAGAAGAAGCCAACAUCACGUGCAUCAUCCAAAACUCAGAUCAGGACGGAGUUUAUUUAUACAGACAGCAGGAUGAGAACAAAAAGGAGUCGGUGUUGUACUAUUACAAAGAAGGACAAUUGACAGUUGAGGAUCCCUUCAAAGGCCGAGUGAAGACGAACGAGAACUUCAGCAGGUUCACAGUGUCCAUCCUCAACGUGAGCGAGAGCGACGGAGGAGUUUACUGGUGCACAUUUAACAAACUUGACAAAAAUACUAACAGUGAGCGGACGUGUGUGUUAGGAACCAUAGAGAUACGCACAAAGGAAAGUGAAUGUCACCAGAUUAAAUGUCACCAGAUGAUCUACCUGGGUGUAAUUGGUGGGCUGUCACUCAUCACUCUGUUCCUGGUGACUGCAUUGGUGAUGCUGUGUAGUAAUCGUGGAAAUUACACUCCGAAGCAGCAGCAGCCCUCUAACGGCGUGUACGAGGUGAUGCGUGGCCACACCACAAAGGCACUCAUUAACCCGGCGUACGAGUCCAGCCGGAGAUACAAACACACUGAUUCAAGCUGAAGGACGUAAGAUUUUUUGUGAAUUUCGCCCUCGUUUUCAGAUUUCAUUGAAGACACAGUUUUAUGAUCUGCACAAAUCUGCACUGAGCAGCACAAUGAAAUGACAUCAAAGGUGUGUUAAUGAGUCCAGUCCAGAGGUUCACCGCUCUGAGGCUGCUGCUGUUGUUGUCAGCUGCCAUUAUGACAGUUCAGUGUCUUUGCUGUUGGGGAACACGUGUUCAUUUGCAUGAUAGUGGUUGAUGUUGAGGAUAAUUAAAUGUAAUUUUAUUCAGUUAAAUUUUUGUCGGAAUUUAUCAACAUAUCUAAGGGAACUGUUGCUCUUCUGGAUGGUUCUGUUGCGUUUCCUGUCACUGUGUCUUUAUAUCGUAUAAUAAAGACACACUACAGCCCCAAAUCAGAAAAAGUCGGGACGGUGUGUUGAAAUCGAAAUUAAAACUGAAAACAAGUGAUUUGUAAAUAAUCUUUGACCGGUGCUGCACUCAAAUCUAUUUGAAAACACCUGAAGACUCCAAGUGAUGAAGUGUUUCAGGUGUUAUUUUUGUCCCGUUCUUCCUGUAAACAGGUCUGAAGGUGUGGAACAGUUCGGGGUCGUCACUGUCAUAUUUUUCAUCUCUCAAUUCUCCACACAUUCUCUACUGGGGACAGAGGAGACACGCCCUCUUCUUCCACAGCCACGCAUUUGUAAUGUGAGCAGAAUGUGGUUUUGCAUUGUCUUGGUGAAAUCUCCCUGGAAAAGACGUCGGUUUGAAGGCAGCAGAUGUUGCUCCAAAAUCUCAGUGGACUUUCCUGCAUUAAUGCUCCAUCACAGAAGUGUAGGUUACCUUUGCCAAGGGCGCUGACCCAACGCCAUACCAUGACACACCCUGGCUUUUGGACUUGUUCCUGCUAACAGUCUGGAUGGUCCUUUUCAUCUUCAGAGCACACGGUGUCCAUUUCUUCCAAAAAAGUCCUGGAAUACUGAUUCCUCUGACCACAAUACCUGUUCCCACUGUGUGAUGGUCCAUCCCAGACGCCUCCGAGGCCAGAGAAGUCGACGGUGCUUCUGGACACAGUUAACAUAAGGCUUCCUUUUAGCACAGUAAAAUUUUAACUGGUGUUUGUGGAUGUAACGCCGUAUUGUAGCUUGAUAAAGGUUUUCUAAAGUAAUCCUGAGCCCAUGUGCUUCUAUCAGCUGUAGAUGAACGAUGGUUCAGUAACUUUUAUUUUGCAUUUGUUGAUAAACUGGAGAUCCUCAGCCGAUCUUGGUCUUUCCCGGAGACUGAUUUUGUCCUAAAUCAUGAUUACAGUCACCUGUUGACAUCACCUGUUUCAAAUCACAUCAUGGUUUAACCCUUUGGUGACUGACCCCUUGAAAAUGGUUCCUCCAGGAACCAUGACGUUUCAGUUGUCAAGACAACGGAAAAACUAAAAUACAAAUACAAGAGCAUUUUGUUUUGUGCACAAGAGCAUUGUGACAUAUCUUUCUGUUUUUGUAUUUUAGUUUUUCCGUUGUCUUGACAACUGAAACGUCAUCGUUCCUGGAGGAACCAUUUUCAAGGGGUCAGUCACCAAACCUCAUUCCUAGCCCUAAAUUGUCCCCGUCCCAAUGUAUGUUUGUUUUUUUGGAAUGUGUUGGCAGCCUGAAUGAAGUUGAAAUGAAAUGAAUUUGACCAACAAAACUGGAAAUAUCUUGGGUUCAUUCUGUCUGCACUGAAAUACAAGUCAAACAGCUUGCAAGUAUAGAAAUCACUACUUUCUUUUUUUAAAUUUGCAUUUUCCACACCGUCUCAACUUUCUGAUGAUUUGUGGUUGUAGUUAGUUAAAUUCAUAAUGGUUUUUUUUAACCAUUUAUCAACAAAUCUGAGGCAAAUGUUAAUAUUCCAGCCUCAUUUUCACUUUCACCAUGUCUUCAUGAUGCCUAUAAAAUACUUACUGGUUAGUUAAUUAAUAUAUUUAGCUGUAUUCUGUCUUCUUUUAGUCAUUUAUCAACAUAUCUGAGGUAAAUGUUGAUGUUCUGGAUGGUUCUGUCUCAUUUCUGCUCUCACGGUGUCUGUACGCUGUCUAUAAGAGAGUUAAGAGCUAAAUCACUGUCCGCAGUCAAUAGGGCAGUGUGGAAGUCAUGUUUUACAGUUGCCUGGCAGCAGUGUUUUGAAGACUUUUGCUGUGUUCCGAACGUCCGCUCGCCCAGCGUAUAGUGACUCAGUCAUUCUGUGGUUUGCUGAUUGAAGUCACAACUGUAUAUUUUAUUCACUAGAUAGUGAACUACGAAAUUGUCGCAAGGCACACCAAAAUAUAGUGUACAGAAGCUGUACCCUGUCAGUUGACAUGGACUGUUAUGCAUUAUUAAAAGUUUUUAAGGUUUUAUUAAUUUGUGUAGCAGCGCUGGUGCAAAUUGUUACUCUCACUCAGGAUCUUUCUACUUUAUUACUCUGCUUCUUCUUCUCUGAAUGUUUUUUUAGGACGCUAUUUCUCCCUCCAUUUUCAACCAAUCAUCACCAAAUUUCACAUGAAGAAUCCCUCUGGGCUGAAUUACGUUUCUAUGACUUUUGGUGCUGAUCUGGAUCAUUGAACAGGAAUGAGCCAUGAAAAACAGGCUUUUUUUUCAAUCACUUAACUCUGUCAAUUUUCAUAAUUUUUUCAGUCAGUACUUUUUAUUUUGCUCAGGGCGGCAGGGCGCAAUUUUUCUUCUUUAAGUGUCAUUCUUUAUCUCUUACCAUUCCGGAUCUAUAGGGGAUGGUGACCAGAAGUCCCAGUUUGCAACAGCUAGUGCAAAUUACUGUGACUUUAGUCACACUCUCUAUCUAGUUUUAUUUUCAUUCAGCGUUGUGAAGAGAACGUGUACUUAUUGAAAAUUAGCAAUGUUGGUAUCCAUGUUCUGGUGUUUAUAUGAUUUGAGAUGAUAAUUAUGAAUAUCUGGUGCAUAAUUAUAUCGCAGCACAACAUGGCUCUAGUGUCGGAAAUGUACCAAUAGCAGAUUGUCCUUCUCCCCUAGUGAGUGAGUGGACAUGAGGACAAUCUGAACACAGCAUUAAACUCCUUAAACAUCACUUGCCACGACACUGAAAACAUUUUCUCUGCUUGCAGUUAUAUUACUGGCUCAGUAAUAUAUUAGUAAUGGAAUUUUUCUGUCAGAAAAGUCUUUCUAUAUUUUAUAUAAUGCUUUAAAAAUUUACUGAAAAGCAUAAAGUGAAUAAAAAGUAAACAAUGUUUUUAAUAAUAAAAAUAUAUUUUUGUACAAAUGUAUAAAACCAUGUUGUAACGUUGUACCAA